AUGUCCUCUUCACUUCUCUCUCUUGCCCUCCUGGCGUGGGCUCUACCCGUCCAAGUCCAAAGUAUUCCCCACCAGCCCCCUCAGAACGGCAACUUUUACCCUCCGAAAGUACCGCCAUCGCCAUGCGGGGAUUCAACCUCGACAGUAACAGUUACCGCUUUAUCAGUAGAGACAAUUACUAUCACAUCCUCAACCUUGUCCUUCCCCACGCCCUCAUCUUCACAGAAUGGAGUAGUGACGGUUACUGUCACCGAAGCUGGACUUCGUGUACCGCCUUUUGCGGUAUGGUCUCAGCCGGCUGAGAUCCAGACGAUCCAAACUGUUGCGGUUACCGCUUAUCCUGGUCCUCAACAGCAACUGCAGGGGCAACCGCAACCCAGCUGGGGGCCUGACGCCGGGACUGGGGCUGAAUGGGGUCAUGGACUCCCUAACCAUGACGACGAAGGUUCGGCUUGGGGACCGGAUAGGGGUCCGCUGGUUCAAAUAGUUACUAUUACUGAGCCUGCUGGUCCAGCAUCAGCCCCCGCGUCGACGAUGGUUUCGCUUUCGGUGGUUACUGUCACUCGACCAGCACCUGGUUUCAGCCACCCUCACAAUGGGAAUGGUUGGCCUCAUCCGGAAGAUGGGUGGAGACAUUCGGACUGGGCAUCUCAUCCCAAUCCCAGUGUUAGUGUUGAUCGGGAUGGACUGAGUUUGGUCACCGUGACUGUUACCAUGUCUGGUGGUGGUGACAACCGCUGGAGACCUACACCAUCUUCUUGGCCUACCUCAUCCUCUUGGUCAACGUCAACGUCAACAUCGACAUCGACAUCAACAUCGUGGGAAAGACCAGUAACCACGUCUACGACACCUUUGGAUCCCUGGAGUGAACAUAACGGCCCACCUACUUGGCCCAAGCCUCAAUGGCCUCAUUUCGACCCUCAUCCUCAUCCGCCUUAUCACCCCGAUCCAAGGCCGAACUGGCAGCCGAACACGACUGUCACUGUUCCUGUGGGGGUGCAGAGCGUGUCGCUUCCGUAUCACAGCUGGGGCAUGGGCAUGGGAUGGGGCAAUCCUUGGAACUGGGGAAAUAGCAAUCAAGAAGAUCCCGACAAAGCCAAGAAGAUCAGUACCUCUAAUGAAGGACAAGAGAAGAGCAAUGAUUCUAUCUCUGAGUCAGGGACGGAGAAGCAACAACAAACGGAAAAGGAGGAGAACAAAAAGGAGGGAGGAACCCUCCUAGAUAUAGACCUUGGUCUUGGCCUUGACCUUAACCUUGGUUGAGAUGAGAGGUCCAAAAUCCAAACCAUGAUUGGAAGACUUUCAUUGCAUAUACCUCUAUGCAGCGAG